CGGCGCACAGUGGCAGCGCGGAGAGGCCCGGGAUCGCCCGCGCAACACGCCGCCGCCGGAUUCGGUCUCCCAGGAGGAUAGAAGGUCGCUUUUACUGCUUUUUAAACUAAAGCGACUACCCUUCGGCCUCGACCCCGCACGGCCUGUGUGCUGAUAUUACGAGCCUCCGUCAUGAUCAUCUACGUCGGCGCCUUCGGUUCUCGGCACGCCGUCGAGGUCCACGCUUGGACCAAGAUCAAACACCUUAAGCGGAAGAUCGUUUCAAUGGGGAUUUCUGAGCGAGCUCCCCCUCUUGAGCACAGAGGCAGGCGUCUGGACGACGAGAAGACGAUCUUCCACUACGGGAUAAAAGACGGAGAUACAGUGCGGUUUCUCCAGCCUCGUUCGGUACCCUGUUUCGGCCGUGGAUCCAGUCAGAGUGUGACAACGUUUGGCUGCAGAGGUUCUCUUCUCACUGUGGCUAGAAACUCGGGAAGUGUUACGAAGAUGGUCGUCCACGAGGAUGGCUCCGUGCGCCAGGUCAAGGAGGAGGCGGCGAGGGACGCGGGCGUGAGCGCGAGCAAGGUGCAGCUCAUUGCAGGAGGCGUCGAGAUGCAGGACGACCGGAGGCUGAAGGACUAUGGUCUUACCGGCGACGGUGUGGUGUGGAUGGAGGUCGAGGGAGAGGAGGAGGGACGCGAAGGAGGGAGCCAGAGCCGCGACGGCCGGCUAUAGCGUUUGCUCAGUUAUGUAAUGUCAUGUUGGGCUGUUUCUAAUAGUGAAUAGGUUGCAGUGUGUAUGUAACCCAUACGUUUUUGCUUUUAUUAUAUACACACAAACAUAAAUACGCAAACCCACACAAAUAUAUAUGCAUAUACAUACAUACACUUCCAAACAAUAAAAUUAAUUUAGAAACUCAAAUCUAUGUACAAAGACAUGCGUGAGAUUGUUUAAUGCAAAAAUACAUUGGAAUUGACAAAUAACCUUCCCUUUUCAGAACUCGAAUCUCUGCCACUGCUCAUUCUGGAUCAUACCUACCAAAUAAUUCAUAAUUUCCUUCUUCGGUCUGAUAUUUAGAAAUAACAUAACAAUUACAAUUUCCUUUUAUUUUCUUGUUAUCAUCAAAAUAAAAAAAAUAAUAAAACAACGAUUUUUUAUUUCCCAAACACCCAGUUGUCUCUGACUGGACAUUUGGGUACUGAGCAUGCACGCCACGCAUACGAACAUGGUGCACCUUUCCUCAUGUUCUUUUGCUUUCAUGCUGGAAGAAAAAUACAG